CGUGGCAUCCAAUUUGCCAUUUUGCUGUCCACCUUUCGGUCAUCUACCACUGCAGCCGCUGAUCAUGGCAGAUGAUGACACUGGCGAGUGCCACGUGACGAAAUUACCGCAGGGCCUUCUGUAUCUCGUUCUCGCUCGCCUGCCAGGCCGCGACGCUGCGGUUGCCGAGUGUGUGCAUCCGACGUGGCGCGCUACGCUGGACGAAAAGGACCUAUGGAUCCAGAUGGCGAAACGCGAUUGGCUGGUGACAGAUGAAGAGAUCAGAGCUGCGGGAAUUCAGCAGGCGCCUUCGCCAAGCCAAGCUCUGCGUAAUUCUCGGCGACGUGCGUCUAUUGCGGGCGGCGAAAGCCGAAUCGCGCGCUGCUCGUCCGCUGACCGAGCUUCUGCCAGUAGGGAUUCGUCCACAAAAUCCGGAGAAUCUCUAGUCGGGACGGCGGCAAACGCCGAAAAUCCUGCAGUUUCUGAAUCAAAUCCCGCAAACUUAGCGAGAGCGCUUUACGGCUCGCACUAUUUCUCCUACCGCCGCUACGGACCGCUUUAUCCCCGCGCGCGUCGCGUCUGGCACGUGCUGCGCACGUGGCUGCGCGCGCAUAUUCCGGAUCUGGACGAGACUCUGCUCGCGGGUGCAACGGAGCAGCAGCUCGACGCGGCGGAAGCGGCGCUGGGGGUGGCUUUUCCUGCCGCCGUACGCGCCUUGUAUCGCGUAUGCGACGGACAGAUGCCGCGGUACGAUAAGAUGGUUGUGGAGGAGCGCGGGGAGCAGCGGCGGGGGGGGGAAAGGGGGAGGCAGCGGGGGAGGGGGAGACGCGCGCGCGAUGGCGGAGCGGAGGGGGCCCGCGGGGAACAGAGUAGGGGGGGAGAGGGGGAAGGGGGUGAAACGGAUAGAACAAGGGGUGAGAAUGAGGAGGAGGUCGAAGACGGGGAGGAGAAUGAGCGAAACGAGAUGGACGAGGGGGAGGAGCCGCAGAGAGGGGAGGAAGAGGAGGCGGAGGAGGAGGGGGAGGGAGAGGGGGAGGGGGAGGGGGAUGAGGAGGAGGAAGAAGGAAUGGAGGAGGAGAGCGAUGAGAUAGCAGUGGAAUCUAUAUUCCACGGGCUACUGGGCAGCUACAGCUUCUACGACCACUGGGUGAGCACGCGCCUGCUGCCGCUGCGCCGCAUAGUCGCCGGCACACUGCAGAUCCGCACCCGUGUUGCUGCCACUCGCCGCACUAAUGCUCUCGUCUCAAGAGCCCGAGGGGGCCGGGGGGCAGGGGGAAGGGGAGGAGGAGGAGCAGGAGGGGGAGGAGGAGAGGGGUGGCCGUCCACUCAGGUUCUAAUCGGGGCGUCGUUUAACUACGCCAAGCUGUUCUUCCUGGAUUGCCGCACGGGCAUGGUGACUGUGGGCGGCAGCGACGUGCUGCAUGCCUGCACGUUCCUCUCCUGCCUGCCGGCCUGCCGCCCGCUCCACUGCCCGAACCCGCUUGCUUCAGAAGUCCCGCUUGCAAUUGCUGACGAUUGGCAGGUGUCUCUGACGUCACGGGCAGGCUGGGAGGGUCCUGGGGACGGAGGAGGAGGAGGGGGAGGAGGAGGGAGAGGAACAGGAGCAGGGACGGGAGAUGGGGUGGGAGCAGGAGGAGCAGGAGGUCUGGCAGGGCGAGGAGUGACUGGAGCUGGUGCGAGAAGGGAAGGGGCAUCAAAUGACGCAUCUUCAGGAGCGUUACCACAUGUUGCGGGGGGUGAUGGCAUGCUGAGGUGGCUGGAGGAGUACGCCUCGCGGCUGACUCACGGGUGGUACAGUGUGCAGGCCAUAGUGGGCGAUUUCCCCGCUAAAGGAAUCUGCCUGUUUCCGGAUAAGCCUCCCCUGUGCUCCAUGGCUGUGACCAGGGGGGUGUGUGUGCGGGCCUCGGCUCUCUUUGUGCCCGAAGUAGCGCCGCUGGUGCUGCCACGCCCCUCUGCCGCCACUGCCACUGGAUCAGGACCAGAAUCGCAGGAGGCUUCUCAAGCCGCUGCUGCCGCUGCUGGUGCUAUUGGUGGUGAAGCUUCCGGUGGAGGGGAUGAGGAGGCCGAGGAAGAAGGCAACCAGAGGGGCGGCGCAGGAGGAAGUGGAGGGUGGAGAGGUCGGAGGGCCAGGCAGGUGGUUGGAGCAGGAGAGGAGGAUGAGGAAGAGGAAGAGGAAGGGCAGAGGUGCUUUGCCUAUUCUGUGCGCAUGAGGCUCCUUUCUUUGGACCAACCUCAAGAUGUUCUUCCCAGUCCAAUCGCACUUACCACCAUGUCACCCUCCUCUUGCACCCACCCCCUGGGUUCUUCCCAAGACCAACCCUCCUCUACUACUGAACCUAUGAGCGUGGACCACAGCACCGACCAAUCAGGCGCAUCUGCCAUUGACAUGCCAGCGUGCCAGCUGCGCUCGCGCCAUUGGGUGAUCAAAGAGGAAGGGGAGGUGGUUGCGGAGGUGAGAGGUGAUGCGGUAGUGGGUGAGUAUCCCAUAUUGAGGCGUGAGGGUAAGGAGUUUGUGUAUCAGAGCUGCUCUCAAAUAACAGGGCAGUGGGGGAGCAUAGAAGGGGAUUUUACGUUUGUGCCCGGGGGGCUGAUGAGGCCGACAGGGGCGGAAUUUGAGGCGCUGGUUGCGCCAUUCCCUUUGCAAGCGCCUGACUUGAUCUUUUGAUUUGGAGGGAUGGCGUAUCAUUGUCUCUUGCUUUUGUACUAUCCGAUAGUGCCUCUACAGACGCUUUUCUACACU